UAUAAUACAGCAAUUGCGCAUGUGCGAACUUAGCAACUUGUAAACAAAAAGUCCUUCCAGAUCAAGGAUUUGGAAAGAUUUGUGUGAGGUUAUUCACAUAGAAUGGCAACAUGCCGGAGUAAAGUAAUUGGUAGUUUGAACGUUCGUGGACUAUAUUGUUCCGUCGACAAAUGCUUCGCGUUGUCAGCAGCAAGGAAGCUGCAUGCAAGUUGCAAAAAAUCGCGUGCCGAACCGCCUUUCCUUUCAAAUAAUUGCGACUUGGGUAGAGUCUUGCAUGGUCAGUUUGCAAGGAAUAUGUCGGGAUUUGCUGGAAGAGACAAGGACUAUGUCUUCAGACAAUUCCUGGAGUAUAAAUCCUUUACCUACACCUACCUCCUGGCUGAUCCUGACACAAAGGAAGCAAUCCUGAUUGAUCCUGUUAUUGACACUGUAGCCAGAGACACCAAGUUAGUCAAGGAUCUAGGACUUACUCUUAAAUACGCAGUCAACACCCAUGUGCAUGCGGAUCACAUCACCGGUACUGGGUUCAUCAAGAAGCAGAUUCCCGAAUGUAAGAGUGUUAUCUCAGCUGCCAGUAAGGCCGAGGCAGAUGUCAAGGUCAAAGAGGGGGACAAGUUGACCUUUGGUAAAUACGAGAUAGAGGUCAAAAGUACACCAGGUCAUACAAAUGGAUGUGUCACCUAUGUAUGGCAUGAGAAGGCUAUGGCUUUUACUGGAGAUGCCGUUCUUGUCAGAGGUUGCGGCAGAACAGAUUUCCAGGAAGGAAAUUCUGAGACUUUGUACAACUCUGUUCAUGAGAAGAUUUUCUCCCUCCCUCCCAACUACACACUGUUUCCUGCCCAUGAUUACACAGGUCAAACAAGCACAACAGUGGCUGAGGAAAAAACCAUGAAUCCUCGUUUGACCAAGACUAAAGAAGAGUUUGUGAAGAUAAUGAAGGAACUAAACCUUCCAUAUCCAAAACAAAUAGACAAAGCUUUACCUGCCAAUCUCGUCUGUGGCCUGUACAAUCUUCCGGAGGAGUUCUCUAAGGUUUAGUUGGUGAGCUGAUCUGUUGGAGAGUCUGACACAUCAACGCAUCUCGGAGGGCAACAUCAAAACUCACUCUGAUUAUCAUGAUCACAAUUAUGUCUGCAUUUAAUGGCAUAUUUUUUACCUAAUCUUUCAGCCUUAAAGGUUUAAUAAUUUGUGGUAUACUACGAAAACUCUGCAGUUUUAAAAUAUUUUCUUCUGCUAUGUAAAUCGGCUUUCUCCUGCAGUGUUCCUUUUCAAUUUCAACAUACAAACUCGAGAAAAACCAAUUUUUUUUUUAGAACUCCUUGUUCUCACUGCAUGAAACUUGUUAAUUCAGUCCUAUACUACUACUACAAUAACCUUUCACUUUUAUCUUGUCUUAUAACAACCUUUUAUUACUAUUGUCUUGUAUCUACAACAAAAAAAUUCAGAUAGGAGAGCGAGAGCUGAUUUACACAGAGUGAGAAGUGAUUAAUCUAUGAACAAAAGCAUAAGAGUGGUGCAUACAUGUAUAUGUCUGUAUUUUAUUUAAUAUAUAGCAUUCAUUUUGUUUUCUUGUAUAUUUCAAGUGCAGGGAAGUGUAAAACCAGAUAUAAAGCUUAGCUUUAAUGAAUCACAUGUAUAUAUUUUUAUGCAUUGAAAAUGUUACAAGUACUAGUUGUGUCAGUGUAUAGCACUUUAAAUUUUUUUUAAGAUUUAUACAACUGCUUGGAGCAGAAAAAAUAUUUACUUUUUGAUGAAAAUGGUGGAAUAUAGCAGGCAAUGGGAGGAAAUACAGUAAACCUGGUUAUAACUGACCUCCAGACACCUCCAAUGUUAAUUUCUUUGUCCAUUUAUUUAACUUUGACAAAAGACAGCUUGAUUUUGAGCAUCAAGUUGUAAUGAACGUGUGUCCUACUGACUCUGUGCCAAGGGAUAAGAUCAUCUAUACCCAUCUUCUGUAAAAAGAGGAGCCUAUUGACCCCCUUAGUUAAUGAAGGCACAUUGACAUUUAAUCUGGUAAACUUGAUUUGUGUAUAGAUUUAUUUUACUGUUUGAUUAAUGAUAAAGGGGGCAAACUGUUUAAAAACUUCUCUGAUUGAACAAUCAAUACUGUUUUUGUUUUUGAAUUUUAUUUGAAUUUUUAAUCUGUUUUGAUAUUUAAACAGGACUUUCAUUUUAGAAAAAAUAUAUAAAAACCUAAAGAAUAAUUAAAUGUGUUAAUGAAAUGUGGUGAAUUGGUUUUGCAUACAGAACUUUUUAUGGCUGCCAUGAGAAUGACGAUAUAAAAAUUAAA